UCCAGCCAUAGCUGUUCCCCUUCUAGCCCCAACCCCACAUCGAGAUCAGACGGACUCACGUCAAGUCAUGCAGCUUUACGCGAGUCUCCUGUUGAAUUUGCCAUCGCUCUCCGUGAAUCAUGUCUUUGCACUAGUGUUGCUUGCUUGUUCUGUGAUAGUGGUUAAAUUAUUGGUUAAGAGGAGGAGGGGGAUGCGAGCUCUGGAGCCUUUUCCAGGACCUCCUGCACACUGGCUCCUCGGACAUGUUAAGGAGUUUCGACAGGAUGGACAUGAUUUGGAAAAGAUUAUGAAGUGGAGUGGACAGUAUCCUUUUGCUUUUCCGCUGUGGUUUGGCCCAUCGUUGUCCAUUUUGAAUGUCCACCACCCAUCAUAUGUGAAGACCAUUCUCUCUACAACAGAACCCAAAGAUGACUAUGCAUACAAGUUUUUCAUCCCUUGGUUAGGCGAUGGCUUACUUGUGUCUGCUGGACAGAAAUGGUUUCGGCAUAGACGGCUCCUCACUCCUGGUUUCCAUUAUGAUGUUCUGAAGCCUUAUGUGAAACUUGUAUCUGAUUCAACCAAAGUCAUGCUUGAUAAGUGGGAAGUUUAUGCCAAAUCAGAAGAGUCAUUUGAACUUUUUAAGCAUGUAAGUCUGAUGACGCUGGACAGCAUCAUGAAAUGUGUGUUCAGCUGUAACAGCAACUGUCAGACAGACAGUGGAACCAACCCAUACAUCCAGGCGGUGUAUGACCUCUGCCACUUGGUGAACGUCAGGUUCAGAGUGUUUCCUUACCACAGCAAGGCCAUAUUUCAUCUCAGUCCACAUGGAUACAAAUUCAGGAAGGCGACUAGAAUAGCACACAGUCAUACAGCGGAAGUUAUCAGAAAGAGGAAAGAAGUCUUGAAGAUUGAGAAGGAACAGGGCAUUGUUAAAAACAAACGAUAUAUGGACUUUUUGGAUAUUCUUCUGUCUGCCCGAGACGAGCAUCAGCAGGGUUUGUCAGAUGAGGAUAUCAGGGCUGAAGUGGACACAUUCAUGUUUGAAGGCCAUGACACCACGGCCAGUGGAAUAUCUUGGAUCUUCUACAAUCUGGCAUGUAACCCUGAGCACCAGGAGAAAUGCAGGGAGGAGAUCCUGCAGGCUCUGGAUGGAAAAGACACAGUGGACUGGGAAGACCUCAAUAAAAUUCCUUAUACCACAAUGUGCAUUAAAGAAUCCCUGCGGCUUUGCCCUCCUGUCCCAGGAAUAUCACGAAAGUUGACUAAACCCUUGACUUUCUUUGAUGGACGGACUGUACCUGAAGGUUGUAUCAUUGGAAUUAGCAUUUAUGGGAUCCACAUGAAUACCACAGUGUGGGAGAAUCCAUAUGUGUUUGAUCCGAUGAGGUUUCUGCCGGAGAACGUUUCUAAAAGGUCACCGCAUGCUUUUGUGCCCUUUUCUGCUGGACCCAGAAACUGCAUUGGACAGAACUUUGCCAUGAAUGAGAUGAAAGUCGCAGUGGCGCUGACACUGAUGAAAUACCGCCUGAUUAAAGACCCCCAGCACACCCCGAAGAUGAUCCCUCAAGUCGUGCUCAGAUCACUCAAUGGAAUUCACAUCAAGAUCAAACCAGUAGAAAAUGAUUUAUGAUAAGCUAAUGGAUACAUUGAGCCUGUUGGGAUGCUAGGAGGUGCGUUUGCCUUGAAAAGAAUGACAAUGACUUAAUUUAAAUAUUUAAUACAUAUUUAACAGCUGGAAACUGGAUGGUUAGUGAAUAAGACACCAGUUUUUGAAAUACUACACCCUAAAGUGGCCCAACUAUUUAGUGAAUUUGGCCCUUAAGACCCAUUCAUACUGCCAAUAUGAACUAAUUUAGUUGCUGAAUAUCACCAUUUCCCAUGUAUUGCUUGGUUGCUUUUACUCAUGGCAUCGGACAUCACCAACUCUCGCUGAAUAUUCACUGGCAGUGUGAACAGGGCUUGAGUGUCUGUUAUAACACAGCAUUAAAAAAAAAAUUCUAAGAAAAAAUGUCCAAGUUAUAUAAAUUAUUUUGGUGAACUGAAUGAAUCUUUUGCCUACAUCACUUCAUUAAUUCUAAAACUAGAGAGCUCUAAUAUGGAGUAUGCAGGUGAAUUCUUGUAAUCUGUAACUAGUGGAAAAGAAGAUGAAAAAAUCCAAUGUUUAUUAGCUUAGUUUUUUCUUCUUCUUCUGUAAAAAAAAAAAAAAAAUCUGUGGGGGGUCAACAUAGUUUUGGAAUACAGUGUAUGAACCCCCUCUGCUGGUCCCUUCAGAAAUCAGCAGUCUUUCAAAAGAACUGUUACUGAAGGACAUAAGCACUUACUGCUCAUGAAUUUAAGAUUAAACAUUGUGGCCAUGACACUGUUCAUUCUCUAUUAUAAAUGUGUUUACUUGAUUCACCCGCUGAUGGGGGAGGUGUGAGGGGGAAAUAUUUGGGGGGUGGGGCAGUGUUCAAAUUGUAUCACACUCACACCCACCCACCCCCUUCACAAAAAAUUAAUAAAAAAAACAUACAAAUAAAAUACAACUUUAUAUGAUGCA